AUGGCCCAACUGAAGUAUACACCACCCAGGCAAUCAUCACCAGCUAUCCACGUUCCACAACAGCUUCAGGACUGUGAGUUCAUUUUUGUCCGAAAUGACGCGGUAAAGAAACCACUAACACCAACAUACCAGGGUCCAUUCAAAGUCUUAAAACGCUCUGAGAAGCAUCUCACCAUUGAUCGAGGAAGCCGGACGGACACCAUCUCCAUCGACAGAGUCAAACCAGCUUUUCUGGAAAAAUCCCCACGGGAGACAGAACCCGUCUCAACACACCCAGAACCCUCACCUGCCUCAACAACCACGCAAUCGCAACUGUCAAAACCGAGGUCGGAGCCAAUCCCAGAAUCACCCAUCACUCCACCUAAGCAGACCCGUCUUGGAAGGAAACGUCACCGCUUUCUCUUGUAUGAACCGUCAUACCUAUAUCCUGAGACUUCGCGCCGGUUUUUAACCGGCCUGGGGGAGCAGGAAGCCUCCCUAUUCGCGACUUUGACGCUCCCAGUCAAGUCGACCAAGCCCAGCAGCUGUCGGGACCCAGCAGCAGUUGUUCAAACAGUCCUUUUCAGGGCUAACUUCCGAAUGUCAUUCGAUCACCCUCUUCGAGGCUCCAGCACAGCUCCAGCACUCCUGCACCUUCCAGCACGUCCCGCGACUAUUCCAGCACCCGCUGACGACCUUAUCCAGUGCCCACUGACGUCUAGCGCCCGUUAUCGUCCGGACACCGUUCAAACGACCUCUGUCUGCUUACCAUCCACCGUUUGCGAAUAA